AUGCGUUCCUUCGCUUCUAUCUUCACGGCCACCCUCGCCGCCGUCGGCGCUCUCGCCGCUCCCGCUGCCAACCCCGGCACCGAUCUCAUCAAGAGAGCUUCCACCCCCAGCUCUCAGGGCACCAGCAACGGCUACUUCUACUCCUUCUGGACCGACGGCGCCUCUCCCGUUACCUACACGAACGGCGCUGGCGGCUCCUACUCCGUCGAGUGGCAGUCCGGCGGCAACUUGGUCGGUGGAAAGGGCUGGGCUACCGGCACCUCCCGCAGCAUCAAGUACUCCGGCACCUGGGCCCCAGUCAACAACGGCAACAGCUACCUGACCAUCUACGGCUGGACCAGGAACCCUCUCAUCGAGUACUACGUCGUUGAGAACCACGGCGAGUACAACCCCGGUUCUGCAGGAACCCUCAAGGGCACCGUCACCUCCGACGGCUCCACCUACAAGCUGUACGAGAGCACCCGCACCAACGCCCCCUCCAUCGACGGCACCCAGACCUUCAAGCAGUUCUGGGCCAUCCGCGACAACAAGCGCACCGGCGGAACCGUCACCAUGUCCAACUUCUUCAACGCCUGGAAGAACGCCGGCAUGACCCUCGGCACCUCUUUCGCCUACCAGAUCGUUGCCACUGAGGCCUACCAGAGCGCCGGCAAGGCCAGCAUCACUGUCGAGACUGCUGCUUAA